AUGUCACGUAACACUGGUCUUCCCGGUGGCCAACAACCGAUCGAAGAAGGCCAAGAAGGCAACACGAACCGUCUCUUUCAUCUGCCGAAUGCUCCCUUAUCAAUCUCUCAACCUUGGUCUUUCGACGCAGUGCCCAAUCCGCAGCAGUCUGAUCGCCCGGAGUCGUCUCGGACCAUGAUGUGGCGCGAUACACAUCGGCCACGGAGUGCUACUCCGGGACCGCCAUCUGGGAACAUGCAUCGCCAAGCUGAAAGCGCAGGACGCCAUGGCUACGACCGACGACGAGAACGUGAGGACCGACCGAACUCCACCACCAGCCUCAGUAACCCGGAAGCCGAUCGAAGGAGACGGCGACCCAUGACCAACCCGUUCGGCACGAGAGAAGAAGUUGAAUCGGAAAGCUACCAAAGCCCCGUUGCGGAUCUGUUUGGCAGAGCAUGGAAUCGCUAUAGAGAGGCUCAGGAAGCUAACCGAACACCGCGAAAUCGAGCUGAAAAUGAAAGGCCGACGGCUGGUGAUGUUAGCAUCCUAGGCACCGGACCGCCACGCUCCGACGCGAUUGACCUGGAUAGGGCCAUGGCUUUCAACCGCAUGGGAGACAUCAAUGAUGAACGGUCGUUGCUGAUGGCCUUGGAAAUGUCACUCAUAGCGCGUCAGAGAGAGCAACUCCAUGCACAUCCAAGAGCCAACCCUAUCGAUCAACAGUCAACCCGACCGCCUCCGCUCGGGAGCGAGGAAAUGACCAUCAGUGUUGCAUGUAGGAUCUGCUGUGAACAGAGGGUCGACACUCUCCUGGAACCGUGCAUGCAUGUCGCAAUAUGCCAUUGGUGCUCAGAGCUGGUCCGCGAAGCUGCUCGCCGACGUCGAACCGAGCGGGUCCUGAGACCAGACGACGAGGAUAGAUGGAGGUGUCCUAUCUGCCGACGCGAUGUCAUCCAAUCGAGGAGGGUCUAUUUGACAUGA